GUCUGGAAACUAUAUGUGAAAAUAAGAAACCUCAGGUCUUCACUCUGUGACAAAGGUUCACGGUGCUUACCUUUACGUUUUGUCUCGCAGUCACCUUUUUUUUUUGGAAAAAGUCGCUGAGAGCAUUUGCCGGGAAUCGCCCUUCUUUCCGAAUUGUCCUCCUAAAAUUACUGCGGAUCUCUACCGAAAUCAGACAUGGGGAAAGUAAAAGGAGGAAUGAAAUGUGUGAAAUACCUUCUGUUUUUCUUCAAUUUCAUGUUUUGGCUGGUGGGCUCACUGGUACUGGCUAUUGGAUUGUGGCUCCGGUUUGACCCGGUCACGACGGCGAUCUUCCAGACGGACAACUCACCUCAGACCUACUUCUUAGGAGUCUACAUCCUGGUGGGAGCUGGAGGGCUGAUGAUGCUUGUGGGGUUCUUUGGCUGCUGCGGUGCUGUUCGAGAAUCACAAUGCUUGCUGGGAUCGUUCUUUGCCUGCCUGCUUGUCAUAUUUGCAGCUGAGAUUGCAGCAAGUGUGUUUGGAUUCCUGAACAAAGACAAGAUUAUUGACGAGAUUCAAAAGUCCUAUGAUGAAGCUUUUGACGCAUAUCAGAAAAAUGAGAAUCAAAAUGAGACUCUGAUCAUCUACCAGACAUCUCUCAGUUGCUGCGGGAAAACGGACAUGAAGUCUGAUGAAAAAUUUCAGAAAACAUGUCCUGAGAACACAGAGAAUAUGAAGACCUGUGACGAAGCUAUUAAGAAUUAUUUCAAGGACCAGUUUUACAUCAUCGGCUACGUGGGAAUUGGAAUUGCAGGAGUGAUGAUCAUCGGGAUGAUCUUCAGUAUGGUCCUGUGUUGUGCAAUUCGAAAUUCUCGAGAUGUCAUAUAGUUCCCCCUCCAAACUUCUUUCCAAGGUCCCCAUCCAUAAACUCCUUAAAUCACAAUGACAACCACCCGGCUCCUUCCUUUCUUCUGCUAUUGCCUGCACCGGAUCUUGCAAACCUCUGAAACUUGUUGCCUUCACAAACACUUCCUACUGCCAAUGCAGGCAAAAGCCUGCUGACCAGAGUAUCCAACACAUGCGUGCGGAAGACUGCUCAACCUGAAAAGACCCCCGCCAGAAAGGGAGUGUAUAGAUAUGUCUCUCAUAUCAGCUGUAAAUGUUUUAGGUGAAGGUGAAGAGAAGGGCUAAACAAGAAUCAGUGCAGCUGUCAUUCAGUAGAGACCCUAGAGUGGGACAAGACCUCCAUUUAGAGUUCAGCUGCUUUAAAAGUACAAGCAGAAGGAUUAAGAACCCCGGUUUACCAGCGACUUUUUAUUAGUAGUUUAAUUCAGUUAUGAUAUGAUAAAACAAGAGUGAAAUCUGAAACAUCGUUCAACUAAAUUUGACAGGUUUACUUUGC